GACGACCAAUGGUAGAGCAGGCCGUCCGAGUAUCUAGGCAGAUCGGGGCUGUUCCAGCCAUUCAGAAAAAAGAAAAUAAAGCAACGCGCGAGCCCGCUGGGCCCAGGACCGUGGGGCUGGGCUGGAGUGAAGGUGGCUACGAGCCCUCAUGCAGGGAUGGCAGAAGAUGAACCUGUUGCUAAGAGCCCAAAGACUGGGGGAAGGGCCCCCUCAGGUAGUGCUGAGGCAGGGGAACCCACCACCCUUCUUCAGAGGCUCCGAGGUACCAUUUCCAAGGCCGUGCAGAACAAAGUAGAGGGAAUCCUGCAAGAUGUACAGAAAUUCUCAGACAACGACAAGUUGUAUCUCUACCUUCAGCUCCCCUCAGGGCCCAGUACUGGAGACAAAAGCUCAGAGCCAAGUACGCUCAGCAAUGAGGAGUACAUGUAUGCAUAUAGGUGGAUUCGCAACCACCUAGAAGAGCAUACCGACACCUGCCUGCCAAAACAGAGUGUUUAUGAUGCCUAUCGGAAGUACUGUGAGAGCCUUGCCUGUUGCCGCCCACUCAGCACAGCCAACUUUGGCAAAAUCAUCAGAGAGAUCUUCCCUGACAUCAAGGCCCGAAGGCUUGGAGGCCGGGGCCAGUCCAAAUAUUGCUACAGUGGCAUACGAAGGAAGACCUUGGUAUCGAUGCCGCCCUUGCCAGGACUUGACCUAAAGGGCUCUGAGAGCCCAGAAGUGGGCCCGGAAGUAGCCCCAGCACCUCGGGAUGAACUGGUGGAAGCAGCCUGUGCCCUGACCUGCGACUGGGCGGAGCGAAUCUUGAAACGGUCCUUCAGUUCCAUUGUCGAGGUGGCCCGCUUCCUGCUACAGCAGCAUCUGAUCUCUGCCCGAUCCGCGCAUGCCCAUGUGCUCAAGGCUAUGGGGCUGGCUGAAGAGGAUGAACAUGCCCCUCGGGAACGGUCAUCUAAGUCCAAGAAUGGUGUAGAGAACCUGGAGGGUGGAGCCCAUAAGAGACCAGAGAGACAGGCCCAGCCUCCUAAGGAGCUGGACCCCCGGGCUGGGGCUGGCACCCCAGCACGUGGAGAGCGAAAGAAGAGUGUAGUGGAGAGCCCGGCGCCAGCAGCCAGUAACCCACAGGUCAAUGCCCUCGUGGCCCGGCUGCCUCUGCUCCUCCCUCGGGCCCCUCGCUCGCUUAUUCCGCCCCUCCGAGUCUCUCCACCCGUGCUGGCCCCCAGGCUUUCUGCAGGCACUCUGAAAAUGGCUACCCUGCCUCUGCCCGCUAGGGCUGGGGGGCCCCAAGCAGCUGUCCCCAUCAUUAACAUGCUCUUACCAACUGUUCCUGCUCUGCCUGGACCUGGGCCCGGGCAGGCUCCACCUGGGGGGCUCACUCAGCCGCGGGGCACGGAGAACAGGGAAGUGGGCAUAGGUGGUGACCCGGGGCCCCACGACAGGGGUGUCAAGAGGACAGCUGAAGUACCUGUGAGUGAGGCCAGUGGGCAGGACCCACCAGCUAAAGCAACAAAGCAGGAUAUAGAGGAUACAGGAAGUGAUGCCAGAAGAAAACGGGGGCGCCCUCGAAAAAAAUCAGGUGGAAGUAGGGAAAGGAAUUCUACCCCUGACAAGUCAGCAGCUGCCGUGGACUCUGCCCCGUCCCCGAGGUUCCCACUGGAGACGUGGGCCUCUGGAGGGGAAAGCAACUCAGCUGGAGGGUCAGAGAGGCCAGGGCCAAUGGGAGAGGCUGAGAAGGAGAUGCUUGCCCAAGGUCAGGAGGAUGGGGCUGCUUCCAGAGGAGGAAGGGGCCCCAGUUCCCGCCAUGCCAAAGAAGCAGAAGAUAAAAUUCCUCCUGUCACCCCAAAAGUGAGUGUCAUCAAGGGCAGUAGAAUCCAAAAGGAGGCUCUUCACUUGGUCACGGGAGAGGUGGACACUGCAGCACAGGGUAAUAAAGACUUAAAGGGGCACGUGCUUCAAAGUUCCUUACCCCAUGAGCGGAAAGACCCCAAAGCAACACCCCCAUGACAGGUAUGUGGGGAAGAGUGUUUAUAGCCCAGUGUGAACUCCACCUGCCUGCCUAGUAGAGGCCCUUCCUAGCACUUGCUUCUCACGCGGCUCUUCGUUCUCUUCUGUGUGGACAGCCGAGGCACCCUGUCUUACACAGUGCCUAGUUCUCGCCUCUCACCUUUCCAGCUCAACACCCUCGGCUUUAGAGUCACUAAUAAAUCUCUAGUGACCCUCUUUCCUGGAUUCCUGCACUAUCCUGUGGAACUACAGGGAUGGAGUAUGGUGAAUGUGUAGGUUAGGAAUCUUUCAGUUUUAAAUCAUAGAAAACCUAACUCAAAUUGGCUUAAAAAUAAAAGAUUUAUUGGCUCACAUGACUGUAAAGUCCAGAGGUAGUGCUGGCUCCAGGUAAAACUGAUCCAAUGGCUCAGUGUGUCUUUAAAUAUCUGAUUGAUUUUCUUCCCCCACUGCUCCACCUUCUGUAGGGUCAUCUUAAGUGUGGUCCACCUCAUGGCUGAGAGCAGUCCUCGGAGCAUUUUACGCCAGGAAUCCUAGCAAAAGCCCUAAGUUUCACUCUAGUUAGGCCAGCCUGGGUCACAUGCCCAGCCCUAACCAGUCACCUUGGCCAGGAGAGUGGUACAUGCUCAUUUGCUUAUUUAUUCUACAUCAUGGACUUCACCUUUUGAAAAAAAGGGCAGGAGCAGCCUCCUUAGAAUCACAUAGUUCCCUCAAUGGAAACUGGGAGGGGAGAGCUGACACCUGGCCACUGCUCUGAAGUACCACCCGUGGUUUUAGCUUGCUAGUCUGAGAUCAGCUGUACCUGCUUCCUUUUUUCCAAAUAGUCUUGGAUUUUCCUUGCUGCAGCUAUAAUCUCUUUCCUCUUGUUCUAGCCUCAGAAAGAAUGAGAAGGAGGUCAUUCUCCUUUAGGGACUAUCUCUUUAGUCUCAUUUAGAUGACAAUGCCCUUUUUUUUCCCACCUACAUCUCAGAGAUGGAUAUCCUUCCUUUUCCUGUUUCCGAAUUUUAGUUUUCUCCUCAUUCCCUAUCCUCCACCCUAACUGCCUCUUUCACCAAAUAGAGUGAAAGAUUUACUCCCUAGUCAUUUUAUUAAAUUCAUUCUGUAUCCACCAGGUGUCAGUCUUCUGUCAUGUAUGUGUCAGGACUUAGCCAGGAUUGUGGGGCUUAGGCUGUGUGUAUGGAAGGGGUUAGCUGUGCAUAUCAGGGAGCACCAGUGGGAAGGGAAUCCAGGUAUAUAUUUGGGAAAAGCAGUAAAGCAGCUGAUAUUGAGGACCUACUUUGUCUUCUGCACAGAGUAGCUUCUGUCAGGGAUUCUCAGUUUUCUUUCAGGGAGCCUUCAUUUGUUCAUUUAUUUACACCACUGCAAAUUUUUAAAAAUUAUAAUAUGUAAUGUUUGAUAUCUAUAAGGAAUAUAUUUAACAUGAAUAAAUUAUGAAGCAUAUUAAUUAAAUGACCCAUCACCCAAUUUGUACAUUAAAACAUUAGAAAUACUAUUGAAUUUCUUGUGUUCUUCCCCUGUCCUAUCCUGCCUCUCCGGAGAGGUAACCACUAUCCUUAAUUUUGUGUUUAUUAAUUACCUGCCAUAUAUAUAUAUGGGAUAUAUAUCCCCUCCAUAUGUGUAUAUAUUCUUUAAAAAAGUAUUAUUCAAUUUUGCUUUUUAACUUCACAAAAUUUAAUUCUCGAAUACUCCCCUGUGGUUUGCUUUUUUUUUUCACUUAACAUUAUUUCUAAGAUUCAUCCAUGUUGUAGAUAUCCAUUAUUCGUUGUUGUUGUUUUUCCAGCUCUUUAUUGGAGUAUAAUUGCUUUACACUGUUGUGCCAGUUUCUGCUGUACAACAAAGUAAAUCAGCAAUAUUUAUACAUAUAUCCCAAUAUCCCCUUUUUCUUGAGCUUCCCUCCCAUCCUUUCUAUUCCCACCCCUCUAGGUCAUCAUCCAUCGAGUUGAUCUCCCUGUGUUAUGCAGCAGCUUCCCACUAGCUAUUUUAUAUUCGGUAGUGUAUAUAUGUCAGUGCUACUCUGUCACUUCAUCCCAGGUCCCCUCCCCCGCCGCCCCCCCGCCCCGCCCGGCUGUGUCCUCAAGUCCGUUCUCUACAUCUGCAUCUUUAUUCCUGCCCUGCCACUGGGUUCAUCAGUACCAUUUUUUUAGAUUCCAUAUAUAUGCGUUAGCAUACGGUAUUUGUUUUUCUCUUUCUGGCUUACUUGGCUCUGUAUGACAUACUUAGGUCCAUCCACCUGACUACAAAUAACUCGAUUUCAUUCCUUUUUAUGGCUGAUAUUCAUUUUUAUCCACAUAACAUUUCAAGUGCAUAAACCACAAUUUGCGCAUCCACCUAUCAAUGGACAUUUGGGUUGUUCCCAGUUUUUUGCUGUUGCACAUAAUGCUGCUACUAACAUUCUUGUACAGGUUAGUGCCUUUGUUUUUAGUAAGAUUUCUAAGAAGGUUUCUAAGAUGGUUCCUUUGGUCUGUACACCCUCUGAUUUGGAGACUGUUCCCUCUUGUCUCAUUCUCUAAAAGAGUUUACAUCAGAUUGAAAUGGACCAUCCCUUGAAAAUUUGAUAAAACAUACUAAGACAUCUGAGCCUGGCAUUUCUUUGUGGGAAACAUUUUAACUAUUGAUUCAAUUCCUUUAAUAAUUGUAGGCUAUUUGGGCUUUCUAUUUCUCCUUGAGUCAAUUUAGGUAAAAUGUUUUCCUAGAAUUUUGUGCAUUUUAUGUCAUUUUUUUGAAAUGAAAUUUCUUCCAUGUUCUUUUUUGCCUCUGCUCCCUGGGUAGUCGUGCCCUCCUUUUCAUUUCUACUGUUUACUUGUGCCUUCGUUUUUUCCCCUUUGACCAACUACACCAGAAAUUUAUUUUACUUGUCUGAUUUUAGCUGUGGCUUUGGGCUUUGUUGAUCCUAAGCAUAAUAUAUUUGUUUUCCACUUCAUUAAUUAUGAAUCUUAUCUAUAAUAUUUCUUUCUGCUUUCUUUAGAUUUAAUUUUAGGUUCUUCUGCAACAUCUUAAUUUUAAUCUUAAUUUUUACCUAAUUAAUUUUCAAGCUCUCUUUUUUCUAUUAUAAGUUUUUAAGGAUUCACUUCCCUAUA